AUGCCCCGGUGUCUGCCUGCCUGCCCCUCCCCGGUGUCUGCCUGCCUGCCUGCCCCUCCCCGGUGUCUGCCUGCCUGCCUGCCCAUGCCCCAAUGUCUGCCUGCCUGCCCAUUCCCCAGUGUCUGCCUGCCUGCCUGCCUGCCCCUCCCCGGUGUCUGCCUGCCUGCCUGCCCAUGCCCCGAUGUCUACCUGCCCAUGCCCCGGUGUCUGUCUGCCUGCCUGCCUGCCCAUGCCCCGGUGUCUGCCUGCCUGCCCAUGCCCCAGUGUCUGCCUGCCUGCCUGCCUGCCCCUCCCUGGUGUCUGCCUGCCUGCCUGCCCAUGCCCCGGUGUCUGCCUGCCCAUGCCCCGGUGUCUGCCUGCCUGCCCAUGCCCCGGUGUCUGCCUGCCUGCCUGCCCCUCCCCGGUGUCUGCCUGCCCAUACCCCAAUGUCUGCCUGCCUGCCCAUGCCCCGGUGUCUGCCUGCCUGCCUGCCCAUGCCCCAAUGUCUGCCUGCCUGCCUGCCCAUGCCCCAGUGUCUGCCUGCCUGCCUGCCCCUCCCCGGUGUCUGCCUGCCUGCCUGCCUGCCCAUGCCCCGGUGUCUGCCUGCCCAUGCCCGGUGUCUGCCUGCCUGCCUGCCUGCCCAUGCCCCAACGUCUGCCCCGCUGGGCCAAAGCACUGGAGAGAUUUCAAACUCAUGAAAAAUCAAAUCUGCAUAUAGCUGCAUUUAGCACUGUUGCUGCUACUAAUAGGAACUAUACCGACAAUAGUAUUUUCAGGUUAUGGACACAGCAUCAGAAUCCCUGGAGUACAGAUUUAGUCCAUUUGCAUUCAAAAACAUGCAAGAUGUUGAAGAUUUUGUCACCGGUAAAAGCAACUGCAAGAACAUUGUACAGUUCCACCGGGAUGAUUUGGAUGAAACCCAACUCACACUGCACCGAUAUGUGCAUGGACAUAGCAAAACAGCGAGGAGUUUCCUUGGCUACCUUUCAGGAUGUGGUGAACUUUCUCAAAGGGGACCAAGGAGAUUAUUUAAGAACGCUGUUGCCAGAGGUGACAAAACUUGUGAAACUUGCACCGACUGUCCCUGCCACUUCAUGCACUUCUGAGAGGUCAUUUUCUGGCCUCCAACGCCUGAAAACUUAUCUGCGAUCCACAACAGGUCAAGCAAGGCUGAACCACGUUGCAAUACUGAACUAUCAUAAGACUUUGUCAAGAAAUAGGAACCUGGACAAAAUUGCAGACCAGUUCAUAAAACGCACGGCUACCAGGGGCAGCACAUUUCUCAUAAAGAACUAA